AUGAACAAUGCGCUUCCACCACAAAUACAAAUGAUCCAGCAAUACCAGCUGCUGAAUGGGAGUCUUAUGAAUGUGCGGCAGGCACUUGAGCGCACCGAUCUCUCAGCAGAGGAACGAAAUCAACUACAAGCACAGGAACGAGACUUUCAACAACGAUUACAAGUCUACCAACAACUCUUUAGCCAAUUGCCUCCCGUGUUUAAUCCCAAUCAGCACAUUGCAAUGGCACAAGCUGCUCAACAACAACAACUACAACACUUGCAGCAACAACAACAGCAGCAGCAACAGCAACAGCAACAGCCACAACAACAACAGCAACAAGCAUUACCACAGUCUGCUGCUCCUUCGCCAUCCACCAGUGCUACGGCUACUACUACAGCUGCUACGACACCCGUGCAAACACCAGUGACAUCUACUGCUGGGGGUGAUCUAUCGUCUUCGACGCGUCCUGUUGGUGUAACCCCUAUGGCAGCAGCAGCAUCGGGUCCGGCUAAUCCUUUGGAUUUACAAAGUCAAACCAUUGUCAGCAGGAGGCAGUUGCAACAACUUGCACCCACAGAAAGACUUGAACCCGAAGUGGAGGAGAUAUUAAUGGAAGCUGCUGAUGAGUUUAUUGAAUCCGUUACUCAAUUUGCCUGUCAUUUGGCCAAGCAUCGCAAAUCAGACACACUUCAAGUCAAGGAUCUUCAAUUACAUUUGGAACGAAACUGGAAUGUGCGUAUACCCGGCUUUGCAUCUGAUGACAUCAAAUCCCUCAAAAAACCUGUUAUCCCACCAAGUCAUCAAAGCAAGGUCUCUGCUGUCAAUGCCGCCAAGUCAUCAAGCCAUAGUAAAAAGGAUCAUCAUUGA